CCAAAAGAAACCAAAAUAAAUCUGUCUAUGAGAGGGAGUUAAUGGCCAUUGUGCUAGCUGUUCAGAAAUGGAGACCCUAUCUACUAGGGAGGACUUUUGUAAUACACAAUGAUCAGAAGAGUAUGAGAUUUCUUACUGAACAAAGAUUAAUGGGGGAAGAGCAACAAAAGUGGACUUCAAAACUUCUGGGCUAUAACUUUACCAUCAAGUAUAAACCAGGGGUGCAAAAUAGAGCUGCCGAUUCUUUAUCCAGAAGACCUAGAUUGAACUCAUUAUCAGUUGUCACUUGCCAGGAGUGGGAGGGACUGGAGGAGGAGCUGAAAGCAGAUCCCAGAUGCCUAACCCUAAUUCAGAAUAUAAUUUCUCGUCCAAACAAGUAUCCUGAAUUUCAGCUUAUUAAGGGCCUAUUGUACUACAAAAAGAAACUGGUGCUACCUAAGAAUUCCCCCAGGGUGACCAAAAUCAUGAAUGAAUACCACAACACAGCAGUAGGAGGUCAUUCAGGAUAUUUCAGAACAAUGAAGCGAAUUUUUACUCUAUUUUAUUGGCCGGGUAUGAGAAAGGACAUACAAAGGUUCGUGGAAGAAUGUACUAUCUGCCAGACCAAUAAAUAUCAAGCAUUGAAACCAGGAGGAUUACUACAACCUUAUUUCUGAAAUGAAGUUAUAAAGUCGUAUGAACUAUUCUUAUAAAUUGCACCUAAUUAUUUUUUCUUAUUUGAUUUUAUUUUUAUUUUUGUGAUUAACUCAAGCGUUUAAGGCUCCUUUCAAAAAAAAAACUCAAGUGUUCAAGGCGUGUACAUAGAAUUUAUGCUGCUUUGACGAUGCCACGUUGUCUACUUAUGGCCGCGAUUCACGAAAACGAUCUUUAUGACCAUGAGAAAAUUGCUCUCCGUAGAAGCAAAUCAAAGGAUUUUUAGAAAAAUAGGAUUCAACACCGUUUUUUCCUUGCGUAGGAUCUAUUUAGCACCGUUUUAGAGAACUGUAUUCUUGUCUUCCAUUUUUACCCUUCCCUUUACAUUAGUAUAUUCAAAAUAAAAAUACGAUAGUACACAACCGCUGCUAUGUCUCUCGGCCACACCACAGAGCACCACCGUGUACAAUGACGCCGCCCACCGCCGCCGUCACCACCACUAACAGCAUGCCCUCCAUUGAAUCUUUCUCUGGCGCUGCCUCCGAUCCAGCGAGACAACUUCAGAUCUGCGCUGACAGCCCUCCGGCAAGACUGCUCCAUCUCUGGUUGGCAGCCUUCUCCGGCGAGAUCGGAGUCUACCAAGCUCCGAUUUCAUCAUUAGAUAUAGUAAAUUGUGUAUAUAUUGUUUUAUGUGACCUGCUCUGCAAUUGAACUAUUAUCACAACUUAUUGUCUGUUUAAUGACUACUUACUGUCUAUGUAUUACCUGCUAUUGAACUGUUAUCAGAACUUAUUGUCUGUUUACUGACUACUUAAUGUCUAUGUAUUGUUUAGGGUUUGUAAGUUUGAUUUUGGAUCUGGUUUCUUCAAACGUUUUGCAGAGUACCUGGUGGCCUUGUGAAAAUAUGAAAUAGAACUUCGAAAUUGGCAAAAUCAAUGCCAAAAUCAGAAAAGAAGAAGAAGAAGAAGAAGAAGAAGAGGAGGAGGAGGAGGAGGAGGAGUUACCUGCUCCGGCGACCGUAGAGGCGAAUCCGGCGAAGAGAGGCGGCAACAAUGGAGGCGAAUGAAACCGACGAAAGAAGUUGUGCUCGAGGUUGAACUACCCGACGAGGAACGUUGAAGAUUGUGAAGCCUUUGUAAAUUGAUGGGGAAGAUAAAGAUGCGAUGAUGGGGAAGAUGCGAUCGAUGGAGUUUGUUUGUGCGCAGGGGAGAAUUUAAAAGGAAGGGCAACUUGGUCAAAACAGGUGUACUUAAGUCUUAGGCUAAUAUGUAGUCUUAAUUUGGGAAAAUUAGUAUGAUUAGGUCCUACCGGUUGAAAUCUCCCUAUGACCGUACAUUUUAUACAUUUUAUGUAGGUCUUUUCACACAAAAAAUUCAUGUAAAACAGAUCAGUGAGAAAACGCGUCUGACAAAAAGGUUUUUUCAUACGGAGUAUUAGAUAUUUCGAUAAAAAGGCUUUUU